CUCGGCCAUGACACCUCCUGUCACUCGCCCAAAAGAGCCAGUUCCGUUGGAAGAACAACAAAGUCUGCUGGUUGUGGCAUCAUCGCCGUGCCCCGGAAAAAUAAGACCUAAAACCUGGGAGCAGAAGGGCUUUGUCAUGACACAGGAAUAUUGCUUGCAGCUAAACUAGCUCUGCCUCACUACGUGGCGAGGUAGUACAAUUGCCCACAUGAAAGAUGCCGGAGAAAAAUCCUCCUCAGAUUAUGCACCCUGCAGACUACGGCGACUGUGGGCAGGGGCCCUAGAGCAUGCACAAUGUCGUAUCUGAUUUUCGGAUUGCACAAAGGACCGCACAGAGACUUCCGUGCCUCGCCUUGCGUCGGAGAGCCUCGUUCAGAAAAGAACCCCAUCCUCAAUAUGCAAGGCGCCACCUGACGUCUCUUUCUCCCUUGCAGAGUUGGGCAAUAAUGGUAUCUUCAACCAUCGCAACAACCGUCACUUACCGGUUGCACGACGCAUCCUCCCUCUGGUGCCAGCACAUUCCCUGCCUGUCACCAACCCCUCAACCGGUGAGGGGAUUACUUGUUCUGGUCGUCCACAGUCAAAGGAACAGGGUCGGAGCGGGUAAACGGCUCGCAAUCGCCGUGGUUGGCCUCGGUCAGGGAGACGCAUUUGCUUUGUGUAACCUGUCACCUCGCCUCCGACAAUCAAUCAGAAAUGUUCAAACCUACCGAGAAUGAAUCAUGCGCAACUCGCCCAGGUGGGCAAAGCGACCCGAAGGCCAGGCAAGUAGCGGUCAGAUUAAGUUGCAUCGUCUCCGAUGGACACGACGUUCUGCGUCGGUCAACCCCCUCCCCAGAGUGCUCUUUCAUCCCAAAUCUAGACCAUCGGAUCCUGCAUGGGCUAGAUCCACCAAGGUACUUUGGUCAGAAAUGGAGCCUUGCAAGUGUUUCGUGCAUUCCUGUAACUCUGCAUGCGGUGGAUGGUAUGUGUCACGCUCCCAUUCGGUCUGUUAAACUCUUGCAGUUCUUUUGUCUUACUGAAACUUCAAGAACCGCCGGAACAGCCGACUUCUGGGAUACUGAUCGCCUGGUCCGCUCUGACCCGCCUGUGCCCAACAUUCUUGCUUCAACGUGAUGCAGUUCGACAACGUUAGCAGUUUCGACGCAACCCACUCCGUCUGCGCACUACCGGAAAAGCUGCGAUUCAUGACAUUGUGGGGGAAAUAGUGGACCACUCGGCGGUAUGCCUGUCCAGCGAAGCAGACAAGCAUGACCCUUCAUAAACAGGGCGUCGGUGGCGAUCUCUCUGGGAUUAAACCGGUCACCUGCUUCGUUUCAUGGGCGUCUUCCUUGUUUUCGUUGCUAUAGCGGAGUUGACUCCCUGGUCCUCGGGGCAUGAGAAGUAGCCGCAGAUUGGACACAUGAAAAUUCGUUUUGGUGUCCGAGACAUCACUGCGCCUUGCGACGGUGGAAAGUCCGGCGUGGAGAUGCAACCCGGGAAUCGGUAGGAAGCUGAGACGGACAUUCUUGUUGCAGACCAAGGCGUUGGCAGCUUGGAACAUGACUCCGGUGCAAAAGAGCGAGAUGUGUCGAUCAGUGGCACCCCUACCAACGCAGGACCGCCAAGUCCUACUCGAUGUGAGCAACUGGGGAAAUUCUUCCUUCUCUGUCACGGACGCCAUGAAUCCCACUGAAAGACCAACAGCUUAUCAAAUGCCAUUUAUGGGCUCAAGGUUGGAAAUGAUAGCCAUCGAGGUUGUCAAAUCGUCUGGUGCUGUGCGACGCUCAGGCGGAGGGCUUGGCUUUUGUCUGUGCUGAACAGGAAUUACACUUGAAUGACUUGGAUUGGCAAUUGACGCCUGUUGAGGACACGAUGUCUGUCGUCAUACAACUUGAGUGCGUGGCCAUAUUGUGUAUGGCCAGACUCUCAAUGCUUUGAGCAAGAUGUUUUGUCAUACGGCACGUUGUUGCAACUGCCACGGCAUUGAUAGGAUCGAAAAGGCUCCUUGAAGUCCGUGUCCAGAUGACCAGCGUUCGCGGAUGGCUUAAUGGACGCUUGUCUGCACGGUUUCUGCACUUCUUUUUUCUCCCCAAGUAACGCAUCUUCACCAAAUCCGAUGUGAGUCAAUCCAGAGUCGUGCACAGCUCACAUAUUGUGGGAUCUGCUUCAAGAGCGAGACGAACAACACCGGCGACGCCUGAAUCUCCGUGCCACGAGUCCGUCAUAUGCUGGUUCGCCCAACAGAGUGUCCCUCAUGGAGAAAGAAAUGUACCUGAUAUCACUGUUUCUGUCCUGGUCUCCUGCGAGUUCCCUGUUCAGCAAAAAGCACGAACAAGAUCUCUGACUCAUUGCGUUGUUCAUGUGUGAUGAAGUGGGCAAGAGAACCCUUUUUGAUCUCACCCACAUUGCAUAGGCACUCCCACAGACGUCUCUCCUCGUCGGUGCUGCCGCGCUCGUAGGGAAAAAAGAGGGUCUUGGGUGAUGUAGGAGCAUUUCAUAUCCGUCUCCGCGCUGGCAUCAUUCGAGAAGGCAACGAUAGUUCUGGUCCUCACAGCUAUAGCGCCAUGACUGUGCUUGUUAUGUAUUCCAAUCCAGAUCAGCG